GAAGGGAACAUAGCUAGUGUUGGGACUGGCGCUCCCAUGAAGGCAGUAGAGGAGUAGGAGGAGGUGCUAAAGGUGUAAACAGGAGCAUUGGGGCAGACGUGGACUUUAGAGUAAGAGCUAAAAGCUCGCCACAAACAGGGAUCCCAACCUGGCGGCAUGGGCGAAGAAUGGGCCAUAAAGCGUGGUGAACCCUGAGUGUUUCCUUUCUUGCCCGCACCGCCAGGAUUCUUGACACGGUAGCUGCGGCGGAUACUCGUGGAUAACAUGGUGUACUUGACUGGAGCAGUCCUCAGCUUUAACCCGCUGGAGAACCUAAAGACUUAUAUCACCAAUCGUCCCCCACUGGUCAUUUUUAUGAUCAGUGUUAGCACAGUGGCCAUAGCAUUUUUAACCAUUGGCUACUUUUUCAAAAUAAAGGAAAUCAAAUCACCUGAGAUGACAGAGGACUGGAAUACCUUUCUCUUAAGAUUCAAUGAACUUGAUUUCUGCAUUUCUGAAAAUGAAACCCUAAAGCAUGGUCUGAAUGAGUCGACCACACCAGAGAGCACAGUAACAAGUGUACAGGCCAGAUUAAGCACACAGGCCCCACCUCUUCUUGAGGACCCAGGACCUAUCAAUAUCUCUGUACCAAUCACCCUCACACUUGAUCCCUUGCGACCUUUUGGAGGAUACUCUCGCAAUAUCACUCACCUUAGUGCUUCUGUACUUGGUCAUCAAGUCAGCCUUACAGGCAAAAGGCCCUAUGAAGAGUUGAAUAUUACUUUCACAUUGCCUGCAGCAUGGAACUCUGAUGAUUGCGUCCUUCAUGGACACUGUGAGCAAGUAGUAUUUAGCACCUGCAUGACCAUCACAGCAGCAAAAAGUGUCUUCCCAGUUACAGUCCAGCCGCCCCACUGUAUACCUGAGACAUACAGCAAUGCCACAGUUUGGUACAAGAUUUUCACAACUGCAAGAGAUGCCAAUACCAAAUACACUCAAGAUUACAACCCCUUCUGGUGUUACAAGGGAGCCAUUGGGAAAGUGUACCAUGCCCUGAACCCCAAGCUUACUGUCAUUGUUCCAGAUGAUGACAGGUCCUUGAUAAACCUGCACUUGAUGCAUACCAGCUACUUCCUAUUUGUGAUGGUCAUUACAAUGUUCUGCUAUGCAGUCAUCAAAGGACGGCCUGGCAAAGUACGACAGAGCAGUUCAGAUUUCUGUCCUGAAAAGAUAGCUUUGUCAGAAGCCUAAAGAAGCAAUUUUUGAAGUUGGGCAGAAAAUGAACUUUAAAGAAAAAACAAAUAUAUAUAUAUUGUAUAUAUAUAUAUAUAAUCUCUUGAACUGAUUUACUAGUUGCCUACUGAACCCAGAAUGGGUGCAAAGCUCUGUGAAUGCAUUACUCUGCAAUGUUGGGUUAUUCCAACCAAAGACAUUUUAAGUGCCUGUAUCUGCUGUGUAAAUAUUUGUAGAUGUGUGUGUGAGUACAGGAAAGGUCAGCAGUGACCUCUGUGCUGCCCCAGUGGCAGCAGUCAGAAGCGAAGGAUUGCUAGAGCUGGCAGCAGUGAAUUGCCCUUAGACCAGUGAGAAGGAUUCCUGGACAUUAAUGAGACUCCCUUAAGAGUACAUGAUACUUUAUUUCCCUGUCCAGCCUACCCCACAAGCUUAGUAGAGAUGGUGGCUGUUCUCAUAUUUGACAAUUGCAGAUCACAGCGAUUUGAAAAGUAUUCAUUUUGGGGGAGCUAACAUAUUAUUUUUCCUUGGUUUCAUUUACUCCACAUAUCCAAAAACUAUAAGCUUCCAUUAUCAUGAAUGUUUUCAUGCAUUCUUUUUAUUUUCAUAAGCAAGACCAAGCUUCACAUUAUUCAGUUUUUUCAGGACAUUUCAUAGGAAGGCCUUUGCUUGUCCUUGAGAUUUUACUUGGUGAUGCUGCAAGAUUAGUUCUCUUACUUUUGAUUUCUGCUUCAUUACGAGAGCAAAAUAGUUCUUAAAAAUGUUUAAAAGUGAAUAAUAAAAUCGUGCUUACAAGUUUUCACUUGGGCAUAUAACAUGUUACCGCUAACUUCCAACUUGAGUGUCUGUUUAUUGCUCUCAUUUACAAAUACAAAUGCAAGCAAUGAGGAUAGCUGUCAUACUUUUAUCCAUGCAGUUUGCUGAAUGGUAUGAACUUAGUCAUUUAAGAAUAUGAAAAAGAUCUUUCACUCAGAGCUGAUUUCUCUGAACAAUAUUUUAUUGUUAAUUAUUUGGCUUAAGAAUGAUAUCUUAAUACCUAGAAAUUGUAUUCUAAAUCUUUCCAGUAUAAUAUAAUUGCAUCUGUGUACAAUAUAUUCCAUAUACUAUGACUGUGUGUGUAUAUAUGGACAUAUCUAAUUUUAUGUAAUUUCGGAUCAUGUAGGCCUGCAGUUUCAAAUGAAAAGUAGUUAAUAUUUGAGGUUUCUAAUACCCUGUUUUGGAAAAUGUCAGACGAACAGGAAAGAAUUACUGCAGGUCCCCAAAAAUUGUAUUGUGGGAAUAAAUAGAAAAUUAUAGUGUGCACAACUAGGCGACAUUUGGAUUUUUCAAAAUUCUAAUACAUCCCAAUUAACUAGUCUUAUGUGUUUUAUUUUUUUUUCUUCUUUCAGAUUUAUUAUUAGUUGAAAUAUUAACCACCACUUCAUAUUUUUUUUUAGCUAAGUAAACACAUUGAAUUGACUUGCAUCUUUUAACUUUAAGUAAGUUUAAUCUCCUAGUGGUUUAAACGUGUCUGUCUUGAGUAUAAAUGCAACAUUAUGAAACUGCUUUGGGUUGGAUUCUGGUUGGAUGAUGAGUGUUGACUUGUACCUGUGAACUUCAGUCCAGAAUUAACCUAAAGUGCAGUUCUUUAAUAAUGUGAAUAUUACAUCCUGCCUUUUUUAGUGUGUGUGGGGUAGGGCUGAGAUGUUCCUUUUUUCAUUUCCUGUUGCCUUGUGAAAAUGUGGUUGUGUUGCAUAUAUCUUUUUGCAGACUGGCUGUCAUACAUAAUAUGUGUAUUUUUUUUUUCUUUUUUAAAUACUUGUCUCAUUCUCAUGGAACAUCAUCAUUGGAAGUUGCUUUAGGCAAUUAGCUGUGAUUUGUUUAAAACAACCAUAGACUUUUUUUGUAGUUCCUCUCUCUGAUAUGAUUGCUAUGCAAACAUUUCCAACAAUUACAUGUGUAUAAAAGUAAACAACAAUUUCAUUUACCAUUUAUCAUUUUUCAAAUCUGUUGUUGGCCCUCUGCAAGGUAUAUUACUUCCAAAGGAUUCUACAAAAUAUGGAAUUUAAAGCAUAGACCUUAAGGCUGCAGCACCCCUUACUUAAGUGUAACAGAUAACCAGUUCAUUGGAUGUUUACCCUAAUCUUAAGGGUGAUGCAGAUUUCCACACUACCAGAUACCGUUUUUUUUUGUUUAGUGAUGAAACAUACUGAAGUUAACCAUAGCCUGGUGUUUAAGCAUUUGUCUUGAUAAAGAGGCUGAGGUACGUUAAACGCAGGAGUUGUGCACAGAAUGUCUAAAAGAGACUCAUAACAUGGAAAAAGUUGUGAUCAUCGUGCCAGUCUAACGCAAAGUAAAUUGGCAAAUUUAGUAUUUUAAUUCUAGAAUCCAUAGUCUCAUACACUUGUUGAAAGGGCAGACUGUUGCAUUUGCAUUCAGUAUACAAAAGGAGUGAAUAUUGCUUUUUUUCUUUAAUUUAUGCAGUGGGCACUUAUGGACUACAAACAAACAAAUUCAGUCCAGGUGUGCAAGUGAAAAAAAAAUGACCCCUAGUAUUUUGCCAAUUUCUUCCAUAGUGUACGUGCAUGUGUAAACAUUAUAAAGUACAUAUGAAUGACACACACCAGGAGAAAUGCAUUCAAAGGCAGCCACAGGAAAUAAAAUGAAAAUGCAACUCCUGGAAGUGACUGAGGCUUUGCAGCUUAAAGACCAUGUUGUUGUUGAUUUGUAAAACUAUAAACAGACGUGCACAAAAUCCUGUGCCUUUUCUCUCAGAAGCUUAAAACAUGUAGCUCACAAGAGUUGUGUACUUCCAAAAAACUUACUUCCCUGCUUCAACUAAACAAAAAAAUUUUUUUUUUUUUAUAAUAUAUUUUAAUGCAAUAUAGUUGAAUAUACCCACUGUUGUGAAGGGUGUGAAUUGGUAAUCUAUUAUACCUGUGGAUCUUCAACUGACAUGCAGCUUACCUGUGGAUGACUCAAUCCUUUACCUGGAUUAGGCUGAUUAAAAACUGGAAGUUGACUGGUUUCGGAGACAAAAAAAGGCUGAGUUGAUUGGAAGUUGUUCUUGCAGGCAAGUGUCCUGAUCAUAUUGAUCUUCUAUAAAUUUAUAUAUAUAUAUGUGUAUAAAUAUAUAUGUUCAGCUGUGUUUUCCACAUGUUUUCAUUUAAAUACAUUCUCCUGUUUGGUUAAUAUUGGGGGACCCGAUCUUUGUGUGCUUGAAGCUAUUAGAUCCUGAGCCUUCUGUGCAUAAUGCACAAAGAGUGAAUGAGUGGAAUAGAAAGAAAAAGAGAAAGACAUACAGGGAAACCACUGCACUGCUGCUCCACUCAUCUAGCUGCAUGGUUGUAUGUGUUACUUACUGAACAGUUUCAAUGACAAUCUUUCACAUGUCGAGUGUCUGCAGUUGUAAAAUGUGCAUCUGCUUUGAUGUGUAAUAAAAAUGUAAAAAAAAAAAAAAA